GGCAGGGACUGAUCGGACUGCAGCUUUCCAAAAAACAGUCAGAAAACGGAAUUUUUAAUCAUCGAUCAUGUCUCUGAACAACUUCUACUUUAAGGACUCUUCCUUUUUCUCACUCCGGACUUUUCUCCUGUGCUCGGCUUUGUCCGUCUGGACCCCUGUACAAGGUGAGGUUCUGGUGAUCGGUUCAAAUCUUCCAAUCAUCGCCGCGCCAGGUGAUGAUGUCAUCCUGCCGUGUCACCUGGAGCCCAUGUUCAAUGUCCAGGGUCUGACGGUGGAGUGGUCCAAACCCGACAUGAAGCCCGACCCGUCGGACCGGCUGAGCCGAGUGGAGUACGUUCACCUGUACAGGGACAGGAAGGAGGUCCCCGACAUGAAGAUGGCCUCGUACUUCAGGAGGACGGAGCUGUUCAUGGACGACAUGAAACACGGGAACAUUUCACUGAAGAUCCUGAACGUGUCGGAGGAAGACAACGGCAGAUACAGAUGUUUCAUCCCCAAGCUGCAGAGCACAGUCAAGUCUGCAAUCGUUGAACUUGUAGUCGAUCCAAAUUUCUCUGAUACCUCGACGAUGGAGAUGCUGCUGCUUCCUAAAAACCUCCAAACUCCUGAUCCUCAAGAUGUGACUCAGAGAAAUGUAGGUCGGUCCAGGGUCUUUGUGGGCGUCGCUUUCAUGGCCUUAAUAUCAGUUGCUGCUUUUGCAGCAUAUUUUUCCCUUCGCCUGGUUCAGAAACAAAAAAAACAUCGAGAGGAUGAAGGGACCCAAAGCCAGCUAUGACAAUCUAGCUGUAUUGCUUAAAACAGGCUGAUGAUAAUAUUUCAUGAAGCAUUAAAAUUUAUCUUUACAGGAUCUUCACAGCAGACUCUCCUGUCC